AACAUGAACUGCAGUUACGGAAAUGUGUGCAGUUCAUAGCACAGGAUAAAACGGAAGCAUUGCUAGUAUGAACGCCCACAUUGUUCAAGUUCCUUAUGACAGUUCUAAAAAGAAGAAGUGCAAGAUUGUUGAGAAGUUUCAACACAAUAGCUGUGGGAGAAGCUUGACAUCAAGUCGGUUGAAAACUCAGCUCAUGGUCUGGAUGGCACUAAUAGUUGACUGGACGUUUGAAAGGAAGAAAGAGUCUCCAUGCACACACUGGAAAUGUUGAACCGGUUAGCAGUCUGAGACUGCACACCAUGAAUAUCUCCAUCCCCUCGAUCCUGCUCGGCCUGGGAGUAAAAUGUCUGCUCAACUGGGCGCUGGUGUUUAUCCAGAGGAACCACAUUUGCAAAAGCUUCCUGGGAGUUUUCAGUGUUUCCCUUGCGAUCAUCGACACAGCCCUGACCCUCUGUGCUGCCGUCGUUCACCUCCCCGACGACGGAUACAUCUUCUUCCUGGGCUUGAAGCUGACCAGGCUCCAUGUGUGUUUACUGGUUCAAAUUCUCGGACAAGUCUACAGUAAUCUGCAGUGGCCUGUUGUAAUCUUAGCAGGCUUGGACCACUUCUGCACCCUCACUCGGAGGUUGCAUAUCACCAGGGCCAGAUGGCUGGUCUGGUUAUUUGUUAGCAGCUUCCUUUGGUAUCUCGCUGUUCUCUAUGUCUUCCUGCUCUCUGACUUCAAUCCUAUCCUUGAGGAUGUGACUUACAACCAAAUUCAGCAGUGCUGGGUCUUCCACUCACCUCAGAUCAUGCAGGUUGUCAUAUUUCUCCUCCUGUCUCUGGGUUAUGCAGCACUGCAUGCUGGGUACAGCAAUCGAUUAAUGAAGGACCAAAACACAGACAAAAGUACAACCCUCUCCGGGAGAGACAUUGUGAAACAAAUCACACAUAUUUUUCUGAGCACUUGGGCCUUGUUCCUGUUUUUUCUUGCCAUGCUCCUCCUGCUCCCUGUGGGAAUACCUGCAUACCUGGGUCUGAACGUUGCCUGGUUGAGUUUCCUCAACAGCAUCCUGAUAGCAGUCCUUUUAUGUGCAGUCUGUCCGGCCUCACAGCUCAUGCAGGGCUUGGCAGCAGUUCCUCCCGACAGCUUCUGUGAGUGGAGAUUUAAAUUUAGCUUGGCUGCAGAGGACAGGACAUGACACUGUGCAAAUACACACAGGACCAAUGUAAGAAAAAAUGUCUCAGUAAUAAGUAUUUGUUUAGAAAACUUGAUAUUUGGCAUAUGGAUGUAACAAUUGGUCCACUAGGUUUGCCCCAAAGCCUUAGUCCUGCUGAAGUUUUAAACAAAUCACCACUUACUAGUAAAGUUGGCUCUUUCAAAGCAAAAUAUAUCUAUAUUGACAAGACUGACAUUUAUGACCCCCAGAUGAUUAUUGUAACCACUAUAAGUGCCACAUUUGUACUUUUGAAUGUAAAUGAAAACAAAUACACAAACUCUUUUAAAAUGGUUGUUAAA